AUGCUUUCUCCCUUGACAGCUCUUCCUAAGAAUGCCAAAGUGGCUGUAGGUGGUAGCGGUAUAGCUGGUCUAUCAUUUGCAUACUUCUUAGCCAAAAUGAGGCCAGAUGUAUCUGUUACAUUGUAUGAAAAGGCAGCAAGAAAUAGUGGAUGGAUCAAUUCAUGGCAGACAAAGGACAAGAAUGGUCAACCAGUAAUGAUAGAACGUGGACCAAGAACCUUAAGAGGUGUAUCAGAUGGGACAGUAAUGAUGAUCGAUGCCAUGAAAGACCUGAAAAGCUUGGACAUAGUACAUUUUAUAGAACACAACUCUGAUGCUGAUAAGAAGUUUUUACUUGAUCCAAAUGACAAACUAGUUAAGGUACCUGACUCCUUUUUGAGUGGUAUUAAAUUCAUAAUGAGUGAUUUAGGGAAAGGUAUUAUACCUGCAAUGCUAGGUGAAUUCUGGAGAAAAGCCAGUGCAAACCCCGGUAAGGAUGAAACUGUGGCUUCCAUGUUAGAUAAAAGAAUGGGUAAUGAGCAUUUAGGUAAAAAUGUCUUCAGUGCCAUAUAUAGAGGUAUCUAUGCUGACGAUAUUAAUACUCUCAGUGCCAAAAAAGUUAUGCACAAGAUGGUAGCAAAUGAACUGAAGUUUGGCUCUAACACAAAAGCAUUAAUUCAUUCGAUGAAGACUAAAAAAGACAGGAAAAAGAAUGCUGACUCUUUAACCUUGAUUCUCGAUAAAUAUACUAAAGUAAUGGGAAAGGAAGAGUCUAAGAUAUUAGAGCUGUCUAAGAAGUUAAAGCAUUACCCCAUGUUAGGUUUUAAGGGAGGCCUAGAAAGCUUCUGCCAAACAUUACUCAAAGGUCUUGAAUCCAUGCCUAAUGUCUCCGUUUUGAAUAACUCAGCUAUCACUAAAUUAAUCUCAGACGCAAAGUCUGACAAUAAUAACAUAACUGUUGAAAUUAAUCACGGAAAGUCCACAGAGAAAUUUGACCACGUUCGCCUAACCGGUAUUCCCCAUAGAUUGGGACCAUUACUACGUGAGAUUGAUGGCCAUAUAGCCGACAGUCUGGAGACCAUCAAAGCCAAUACCGUGGUUUUGGUAAAUUUCUACCUGCCUGAUAAGGAUGUCAUCCCAAAGAAAAACCGUGGUUUUGGCUAUCUGGUACCUGAGUCAAACCCAAAUAAAGAAAAACUAUUGGGUGUGAUCUUUGACUCAGUUAUUGAGCAAAACUUGAAAAACAUUGAGAAUGCACAAGAAAUGGUAUCAUCAGACAAAAAAUCUUAUACUAAGUUAACAGCUAUGGUUGGUGGAUAUAUGUAUAACGAUCCUGCUACCGGUGAACCUGUAGUACCAAAAGAUGAGCAGAUUAUCGAUGCUGUUAGAAACACUUUAGAGAGACAUUUGGGAGUAUCACCUAAUGAUCUUGACAGAGGUUUGUGGCAGGUAACUCCUGCAAACAAGUGUUUGCCAAAAUAUAAUGUUGGCUACAUGGAUUGGCAAACCGAUAUGGAAAAGAAAAUACUAAAACUCUUCAACAACAAGGUUUCUAUAGGUGGUAUGGGCUUUGCCAUUGGUCCUGGUAUCCCUGAUGUUUUUGCAGAUGGAUUCCAAGAUGCGUUAAAACUACGUUAA